UAGGGUCAGUGAUCCUCACCCUUCUCUCCUCAGCCGUCCUUACUCCCUCUCUUCUCAUGUUUUAUGUUACAAGCGGACCGGAAUCGUCAACACAAGAUUUCUCGAUCUGCGGCGUCAAACUUUUCAUAUCAGGAUUAUUGGACUUUCGAAUUUAGUCAUUGAGAAUUUCCUCUGAGGUUUUUCCCUCCUCUGACCUUUUUUUUUAGGUGUUGGUUAAAAUGGCGCUUGGAGUGCUUAACCAGCAGGUGAAUAGUUCACUGAGUGAGAGUCAGUUUGGUGAUAACAGUUCAACAGAGGAAAAGGAACCACCACUUCGAAGUUACCUCAUUUUAACUAUGCUCGCUUGUUUUUGUCCUGCAUAUCCUGUCAAUGUUGUGGCUCUGGUCUUCUCUAUUAUGUCUAGGAACAGCCAUUAUAAUGGUGACUAUGAUGGCUCGAGGCGGCUGGGCAAGAAUGCUCUCUAUGUGGCGAUUGCUUCCAUUAUCAUCGGCCUACUCGUCAUCACUAUCAUCUGUACUGUGCAUUUCACCAGUAUGAAUCAUUUGGUCUGAGGGAAUAAAGGAGAGGAACUUUUGGAACACUUGAGCAGGACAAACAAAACUGCUGAUUGUAGGAUGGCAUCCACAACGAUUCAAAAGAGCUGGAGGUGCUACAUUUACGUUUACAUGUGACCUGUCACAUCUCAUCCUGUUUACCCCCCCGUCCUUCCUUGUAGACAAAACAGGAGUUUUAUGUUUAUUUAAUUUAUUAGGCUAUCUGAUGAUUAGCAUUGAGUAUAUUUGGAAGCUGGCGGGAAUGUGAAAGAGUCCACAAAUCUCCUUUUGUUGUUCAUUGUGGCCGAAUAUUGUGAAGACUGAAGACAUUGCCUAUAGUAUCUUAUUCAAAAUAUCAGGGUCGAUAUUUUAUUGACUGAAUAGUAUAUUAUAUUUUGAUAAUGUAUAUACACUAUCUAGCGAGAAUGUGUGCCUGUGGAUAAAACAUGAGUACAAUAUAUCAUUUUUGUUUCUAAUGAGAAGAAUAAACUGUGAUGAUAUAAA